UAAGGCUUAUUUAGUCAAAUGUCAAUGUUAUCAGAUCCAGUGGUCAGGGUGCAUAAUUACGAUUACAUUCGAUUUCUAGUAGAAUGAAAGGAAGAAGUUGGAGAUAGAGAUCAUCUACUGGAUUUUUGAGUGUCUGUUUUGUACAAACAAGAUCAAUAAGCCAACUUAUGGACCAGGUCAUCUCAAUUGGAUGGAAGCAACAUCUGAGUGCCCAACUGCAGGUCUAAAGCUUUGAAGCACCAUGUCUUUUUCUUCUGUGUUACCUGAAGAUGAAGAUUUUUUCAGAGUGCCUUCCUAUGGGGAUGACACUGGUGGCUUGCGGAGGAGAACCUACACCACCAGUGUAGUCAGGACGUCCAUUUCCAGACUAGCUAAGCAGACUCCGCCUGUCGAUGAUACAGUCUUUGCUGUGAAAGAUGAUGAAAAUUUUUCACUUUUUGCAAAGGGCCGUGACUAUGAACCAGCAUACGUCACACAUGAGUAUACACAGCAAGAAAAGGAUACGCUUAAUGCUUAUGAAAGCUGUGACUAUUUACCUAGUCAUAGUCACAUAUUUAAACACUGGAUCAAGCGACAAAUGAUAUCAGACUUGGAAAUAGAUCGAUGGAUAAUGAUGGGUCUAAUUGGGUUCAGCAUCGGUGUUGUCUCAUUUUUUUUGCACCAGCUAAUUGAAAGAAUUGACCACCUGAAGUGGAGGAUUACAAAAGAUUUAUUAGACAAGGAACAACUUGUUGAAGGAUGGGCGUAUUGUUCCGGAUACAGUAUGCUGUUCUCUAUUUUCUCAGCUUUUAUUGUUGUGUUUUGGCGGCCAAGCGCUGGGGGCUCAGGUAUGCCUGAAGUGACAGGUUUUUUAAAUGGAACUCGAGUGCGUGGAAUCUUCAGUGUGAGAACCCUCAUUGCCAAAUUUUUAUCUUGUGUCACUGCCAUUGGAUGUGGCAUGCCCAUUGGACCUGAAGGGCCAAUGAUUCACAUGGGAGCAAUUAUUGGAGCUGGCUUAAGUCAAUUGUCUGGACACUUAAACAAGGUCAAACUGACAUUCUUUGAGAGGUUUAGAAAUCCAGAAGAUAAGCGCAACUUUAUAACAGCUGGUGUUGCUGCCGGAGUCUCUGCAGCCUUUGGAGCUCCAGUUGGAGGACUUUUGUUUUGCAUGGAGGAAGUGUCCACAUUUUGGUCUAAGACUUUAGCCUGGCAGAUUUUUUUCUGCUGUAUCAUCGCCACAUCAACAUCCGAUAUUUUCAACUCUGCCUUUGAAAGGUUUGAAUUUAUUGGGAUGUUUGGGGAGUUCAGGACCAGCCGUUAUAUUCUUUUCAAUGUUGAUGAAGCAGUUGAUAUCAAUAUUCUGAUGUUUAUUCCAUCUGUAGUCAUUGGUGCUAUCGGCGGUGUCCUUGGAUCCCUUUUCACAAUUAUUAAUCUCAAGAUUCAUCGAUAUCGUAAACGCUUGCUGGCUUCCAUAACAAGCACUUGGCUGGUUAGGAUUAUUCGUCUUUUGGAGCCUGCCCUAAUCAUGCUUAUUAUGAGUACAUUCUCUGUGUUUCUACCAAUGGCAUUUUCCUGUGUUCCUUUUACAUGCAUGAAAGGGGAAUCAGGCAUUUUAAGUGAGUACUGUGUAAAUGACACUCUGAACAAAUAUGAUUCUCAUUUUGUGGAGGAGAACAUCUUUCACACCUGUGGCGUGGGGACGUAUUACCUUGAUAACACGACCUUUGUUUAUAAUGGAACCUACAACGAAUUAUCCCUCCUGAUCUUCAGUUCUAAGGAUGAGGCCAUGAAAACUCUGUAUCUCCGCAACUCCCACAGAAUGUUCAACUACGGGCCAUUGUUUGCGACUCUAGCCAUCUACUUCAUCAUGGUUUGCUGGUCCGCUGGAACAUCAGUGGCUGCUGGAAUACUUGUACCAAUGCUGAUGAUUGGUGCUCUCUAUGGUCGAAUACUUGGUCUGGUUCUAGUGGACAUUUUUGGUGUCCACCUUGACGAAGACUACUUGAGUUGGAUGGACCCUGGAGCUUUUGCUCUGAUUGGCUCUGCCUCCUUUUUUGGUGGGGUGGCCAGAUUGGCUCCAGCUAUUACAGUUAUAAUGAUGGAGCUAACGAAUGAUCUCAAAGUGCUACUUCCUGUCAUGACAGCUGUGAUGGUGGCUAAGUGGGUCGGCAAUCUGUUCACACAUCCUUACUUCCACGCUCUUCUGGAGCUGAAGUGCAUUCCUUUCCUAGACCAGCAUCCUCAUGUACAGAUCGAUGAAACCAAUGUUAAACUUGACCUGUUCUCAGCAGAAGAUAUUAUGGCAUUUCCUGUUUUGUCAUUUGACAUUGUGGAGCAUGUGCCUAAAAUAGCCAAAGUUUUGCUGGAUUACCAACACAAUGGCUUCCCAGUGAUCAGAAGGAACAAAGAAGGCAGGAGAGUCUGCUACGGCCUAGUAACUAGAUCUGAUUUGUUAGUUAUUCUAAGCCAUAAGAAUGUAAUGACUGAUGGACCAGUAGAACCAAUGGAUGAAAACACAGUUGACUUGGUGUCCAUUGGUUUUGAUGAGAUGGUAAAAACCAAGAAAGACUCGGAAGAAAUCACUGUCAAAUUUUUGCUUCAGUUUGUGGCUGAAGACUCAGAAUACAAAAACUAUUAUGUGGAUCUGACUCCCUACGUCAACCAAUCAGCAAUGACUAUACAAACUAAGUUUUCACUACAGAGAGCCUACACCCUAAUCAGUGCACUGGGACUCAGACAUUUGAUUGUGGUCAACCAUAACAAUGAGGUGAGAGGUAUGAUCACGAGGAAGGACUUAAUGGGACAUCACAUGGUGGAGGUCCUGUCACCAAUACUGCAGCGGAAGCCUUACUUCAGGGGCGACUCGGAAACUGAUAUUUCUGAAGACAAAUCUGGACAAAGAUAUAGACAAAGAUCUCGGAACAGCAGCACGUUGGCUGGUAGUGGAGACAACUACACUGCAAGCCAUUUUAAUGCGUCUGCAACCAGAAGUAAUACGAAAGCUACAGGACUGACAGGUAGUUUGAACACUAACAAUGCAAGCCACCUUAAUGGCACUGCUACUAGCCCUAAUACAAAAGUCUCUUCUUUCGUCUCACAAAAUACUUCUGUAGGGAUUGAAAUUGAGACUUUGGACAACCAAAGAAACAAUUCUGAAACUAAUCCUGAAGAAAUUGGCCCCAAAGUCAGAUUUCUGGAUGUAAAUUCUGGAAAUAUUCAGGAAGAUGCUUCUCCUUUACAAAUCAUUGCUACAGAAAAUAACAGUUUACAAGGGAGUCAACCCAACCUUACUUUCGUUAAAUCAGAAAAUGUGCUAGAGAUUCUUCCCCCUGAUGAUUUUCAUGAUCCUGGGCUUAAUUUCCAUGGUCAUGAUUCUGCCGAGUUUCUUGAAAUGGGGGACACCAAAGUACAGUGCACUGAUUCCAAUGCUUGAUACAGGAGCCUAGUAGGAAUGGGACUAACAUAUUCCAUUGUACCUCCUUGAAUUGCAAGUGAUUAUCUUUGCCUCUCAGCAGUUGUGGUAAGAUUUGCAGUACUCGGGAUAGUCUCGAAAGCCAGUUUUGAGUGGACAAGUUUCCAGAAUCUUCCAACUUUUAUUAUUUUUUGAACAACGAGACAAGAUGUUAUAACUUCCUAUUAUGCCAAUUAGUUUUUAUUGUCAUUCUUUUCUAGUCAUUCAUUUGAAUAUUUAUGUCAUUUUAAAUAUAUUUUAAAACAUUUUUCUUGGACAAAAUAUUUUCAUAUGAUAUAUAUUUAUUGACACUUUUGUACAAAGACAAAACAUUCCUCAUAUUUUUAGCAUGCAUCUUUAUUUUUUACUAAUAGGUUGUGACUUUAUUUAACAAUAAACCAGCAAAAAUUUGUAACAAAGAAAUAUUUUUUAGUGUGUUUAUAUUGUAUUUAUACAAUUUGCUUUAAAAAAAAUGAUCACAUUAACUCCUUCUCAUGUAAUGUGGUUUACUUCUGUGUCAUAAUUGUUUUUAAAACAGAAAAAUAAAUAAAACUACAUUUUUUUUUAAAAAGUCAACACGGGAUGUUAAAGCUAUUGUGUUACUAACAAAUUUGGAAACAAUAAAGCAACCCAAAAGCUAUGUACCUGAGAGACCCAGACUAACUGACUGUAUAUACGAGACUAUGUUUAAUAGAAUACUUUGUUCUACAUUUUAGUGAGCAUGUUGUUGUUUUUUUUUUCAUGUGUAACAAAUGGGACAAAAAUAUUAUAUUGGAUUUGGCUUAGAAUUGGGUACAUUUUACAACCAAUUGCUGUCUCUACUAAAACACAAAGAACUCUAAAUAUAUAUUCAUUUUCAUUAUACAUAUAAAUGAGACAAUGUUUUUAUAUAAUAUAUAGAUCUAGUAAUACAUUUAAAAAGUGAUGACAACUUUGUGCAGAUGUCUUUUAAACAUUUCAGACCAGCAGUGACAUAAAUUUAGUGAAAUUGAACAUGUUUUGAUGAGGCUUUAUCAGUUUUACUACUGGUAUAUUGUUCCCAUGACAAUAUAUAGUUUAGCUAUUCAAUGGUAACAUUGAGUAGUUACUUUCCAUAACUUACUAGCUCACUAGGGUAAGAGAGAUGUUGAUUACCUACCCUUUAGUCUUUCACUCUUAUGCCUGUGUGUGUGUGUUGAAGAGAGACUCUAUGUCACGUAACCAAUAAUGCUAUAGACAGUGAAAAAAUAUGGGCCUCAGCCUUGAAAGAGAAGCGCGCAUACGAAAAAUGGCUGGCUCCUCUACCACCGAAGCGAAAGCCACCUUAACCUGCGAUAUAUGUGGACGGGAGUGUCUCUCCAAAAUAGGGCAUAUGAAAAAGUGUUCAAGAAGAACCAUAGUCACUCUGAGUUUGAAGGGGGCCCAACAACAUAUCACAUGAGAUGACUAUUUUGAAAACAUUUAAUGAAACUGUCCUCAUCAUAACCUAGCUCAAGAGGUGGGGGGGGGGGGGUGAGGUAGAUGCUUGGCAGUAAGACAAGACUAAACAUUUCGAUGGGUUAGAAAGUAUAACUCCUUCUCUCCUGUUGUAAAUUUUUAAAUGGUCUUGUCCAUGAGAUCCAUCCCCCAAUUGUGAAAGCUUUGAAACUUGUUUGUUUACUUUCUUCCAUAAAUGUUUAUAUUUGCUUAAGAUUAAUGUCCACUGUGGAUUAAUAUGUGUUAUUUAUGCAUCAGCCUCAAUGGUCUUUAUGUGGUAUGGAAAAAUGUUAUAAAAAAAUGGGAAUGGUAUAUUUUUAGACCAUCAUAUACAAAGUAUCCAACAUUUUCUGAGAUUAAAAGUGACUUUUGAAACUCUGUUGUUGACCAUUUUGUUUUACUCAAUAACAAAAAAAGCUGAUUAUAAACUUCUUACUCAAAUAUUGUCUCCAUGUUCUGUUAGCUUAUAUAGGGAAGUGGUCUGCACAAGAUGUAUAAUACUACUGACUUUUAUGUAUAAAAGAUGUUAAUGUAUAUCUGUCCCAUCUUUUAAUGAUUUUAUUAAAUCUACUGUUACCUGUUUAAAUGUAUGUAUGUUUAUUGGUAGAAAUGAAAAUGUUUACAGUAUAAUUAUUUUGUACCUUGUGGCAUGUAUCGUGCAAAAUGUAGCAUAAUAAAUGUCAUUUCACUUUAAGAUCAUGGCCAAGUUGUGUUGUAUUUUGAUCAGAUGAGUGACAGAUUAGUUAAUUCAGAAAAUGCAACAUUAGAUGUGCUUAGAAAAUAUAAUAUAGAUAUUUUGUAUUUUUUAAAGUUGACAAUAUUCUUCUAU